AAAAAGGAGAGGUAUCUGUGAGAGUGGCAAAUGGCUUAAUUUGGGGGGUUUUUGCAGGCCUUGCCCAUUAAACAAUCACACAAAAGGCCAGAAAGCUUCAUUGCAGGUGAGGGUCAGUGGUGAACCAAAAAUAAAUAAGGUAGUAUACAUGGGAUAAGUCAAAGGGAGUUUUGAGUUGUUUAUAAAUGAGAUUGGAUGUGGUUUUGUAGAAUGAGAGCUUAGAUUGCUUGACUAAGAUGGGAAAGGCCGGUAGGUGGAUUAGGAGCCUCUUGGGAGGGAAAAAGGAGGAGAAAUACAAGAAGAAAUAUGGCUCAUUUUCUGGGGAGAAUGUGGAGAUCUCGACUGCAAUUGUACCAGUAACUCCAAAGGAGAAGCGGAGAUGGAGCUUCGGACAUAAGAGUUCAAGAGCCUUGGGCUCAAUUGUCUUUCCCCCACUUGUAAACGAGGGCAGUCCGAAGCAGAAGAAUGAGCAGAGCUUUGGCAUGGCUGUGGCAGUUGCAGCCACUGCAACUGCUCAAACAACUAUGGCAGAAACAAAUGGAGCAGGAAAACACAGCGAGGUUGAACACGCUGCUGCCACGAAGAUUCAAGCCAUUUUUCGUUCUUAUUUGGCCAGGAAAGCAUUGUGUGCUUUAAGGGGACUAGUGAAGUUACAAGCACUUGUGAGGGGUCAUCAGGUGAGAAAACAAGCCAAUACGACCCUGCGGCGCAUGCAUGCACUGAUGGCGAUUCAAGUUAGGGCACGGGUUCAGAGAAUUCAGGUGGCUGAGGAAGCACAGAUUGUUGUGAAUAGGCAAUCAUCGGUUCACAGAAAUUUCCAUCAGGACAACUGGCUUAGGAUAGGACUUGGGGAGAAAAUCAAAGUGAAUCAGGAUGGAACACAGGGAGAUUCCAAUAAUAGACAUGGCUUUCUGAAUUACUCACAAAUACAAAGAAUAGAGCAAGGGAUCAUCAAAUAUUAUUCUGGAGAGCUUACUCCCCAUCACGAUUCUCCCAUGUACAGAUCAAACUCAACAAGAAAAUCUUUCUGUUUUCCUCAAGCAGACUGCCAUGCAGACUCAUCUCCUCACUACCCUUUCUUACCAAACUACAUGGCCAACACUGAAUGUUCAAAGGCAAAGGCCAGGUCCCAAAGUGAACCAAAACAACGACCCAAAUGGGGCAACAAGCAAAAGAGCAGACAAACAACAUUAGUGGGAGAAGCAAGUGGCUCACAACAUGUUCAGAGACAACAUCCAACCUCACAUGCAGGAAGUAUUUCUAUUGAAAACCCAGAGCCCUGGUUAAUCAAGCUCUAUCAAUCAACAAUGGCUCUCAAAGACAGUGAGUGCGAUUCAAAUAGCACGGUAACCAGCACUUCCAACUACUGCACACCUGCAGUUGCUUAUGAGCCCCAUGUGACCAUGUUCUAAUUGCUCAUCACUUGCCAUAAAGUCAAAGAAUUUUGGAAGGAAUACUUGGAAUACCACACAGUUGAUCUGAGUAACAGAAGAACAAGAAGGCUAUAUAUAUGAUGCAGAGAUGGAAAAGAGUGAUAAAGAUUACUAACUGGACUCCAUUCAUGAAUCUGUAAACAGAGCUCUUAAAAAUUAAUACAAAUUUCAUGACAUUGUAAUAA